AUAAAAAAAGAAAAUCUUCAAUGUGCCGCCGCCUACCACCACGUCCACGUGUAAGAAAUUUCUACCCUCCAAUUCGGUCCUGUCCUGUUCUUACAAAAGCCGCUACCCUCACCACUAUUAGUGCCCCUCUCCUCUCCUUUUCUCUUCACUCCACAUCUCAUAUUCCUUCAUUUCUCUCUAAAUCCUUCCAUUUUUUGAUAUUUUUUUUGUAAGUAAAGGAACAGUGAAAAGCAACAGGAAAUGGCAAAUAUAGAUAUCGAUGGGAUCUUGAAGGAGCUUCCCAAUGAUGGGCGUAUCCCUAAAACCAAGAUCGUUUGUACUUUGGGUCCGGCUUCACGGUCCGUACCUAUGAUAGAGAAGCUGUUGAGGGCCGGGAUGAACGUUGCUCGCUUCAAUUUCUCUCAUGGCAGUCAUGAGUAUCAUCAAGAGACAUUGGAUAAUCUUAGGUCUGCUAUGCACAACACCGGCAUCCUUUGCGCUGUCAUGCUUGACACCAAGGGCCCUGAGAUUCGAACUGGAUUCCUGAAGGAUGGAAAAGCUGUUCAGCUGAAGGAAGGCCAGGAAAUUACUGUAACAACCGAUUACGAUAUUAAGGGAGAUGAGAAGAUGAUCUGCAUGAGCUACAAAAAGCUGGCUGUUGAUCUGAAGCCUGGGAAUACCAUUUUGUGUGCGGAUGGUACAAUCACUCUUUCGGUGUUAUCCUGUGAUCCUGCUGCUGGGACUGUGAGAUGCCGAUGUGAAAACACAGCGAUGAUCGGUGAGAGGAAAAAUGUCAACCUUCCUGGUGUCGUGGUGGAUCUUCCCACACUCACUGAGAAGGAUAAAGAAGACAUCUUGGGAUGGGGAGUUCCCAACAGUAUUGAUAUGAUUGCUCUUUCCUUUGUACGCAAAGGGUCUGAUCUUGUCAAUGUUCGUAAGGUCCUCGGUCCCCAUGCUAAGAAGAUUCAAUUGAUGUCGAAGGUUGAGAAUCAGGAGGGUGUUAUCAACUUUGACGAGAUCUUGCGUGAGACUGAUGCAUUUAUGGUUGCCCGUGGUGACCUUGGAAUGGAAAUUCCGGUUGAGAAGAUCUUCCUAGCACAAAAGAUGAUGAUAUACAAGUGUAAUCUUGCAGGCAAGCCUGUUGUUACUGCCACUCAAAUGCUUGAAUCCAUGAUAAAGUCUCCGAGGCCAACCCGGGCUGAAGCAACCGAUGUUGCUAAUGCUGUCCUGGACGGUACCGAUUGUGUCAUGCUCAGUGGUGAGAGUGCUGCUGGAGCCUAUCCAGAGCUUGCCGUGAAGAUCAUGGCUCGAAUUUGUAUAGAGGCAGAAUCUUCCCUUGACUAUGGAGCAAUCUUCAAAGAAAUGAUCCGAUCGACUCCACUUCCAAUGAGUCCACUGGAGAGUCUUGCAUCCUCAGCUGUACGAACAGCUAACAAGGCCAAAGCUAAACUCAUCGUUGUCUUAACCCGUGGUGGAACGACAGCCAAAUUGGUCGCCAAGUACAGACCAGCUGUUCCUAUCCUAUCCGUGGUCGUCCCAGUCUUGACAACCGAUUCAUUUGAUUGGACCUGCAGUGACGAAGGUCCAGCCAGGCACAGUCUGAUAUAUAGGGGCUUGGUUCCCAUCCUGGCAGAAGGGUCAGCCAAGGCAACUGAUGCCGAAUCCACCGAGGUCAUCUUAGAAGCUGCAAUGAAGUCAGCUACGGAGAAGGGAUUGUGCAAGCCUGGUGAUGCCAUCGUUGCACUGCACCGUAUCGGGGCUGCUUCGGUUAUUAAGAUCUGCAUAGUGAAGUGAAAUGAUGUAGAGAGCCAUGGAUGGACAUCAAAAGCUGGCUUUUUCGAUAUUGCAUUUAAUUAUCCCUUUAUUGUUCUUAAAAAUCUAAGCUGGUUCAACUUUGAAUAUUCAGCUGAAACACUGUUUUGUCUCAGCUUCUGAUGACUUGCUAGUUAAUCGUUAAUGCUGGAUUUCUUGCCCCAAAA